AUGGUCCAACGCUCAUUAUUACACGGGACUGGCUCACCAGCACUAUGGCUCCUGCUUUCUUCUGUAUUGAUGAGCCAGGUCUAUACCGCUGGAAAUCCAGUUCUAGCUAAUCCUAAUACCCAACAAUUGUCUGGUCUUACCAGGCGCAACCUGUUUCCCUCCUCUGCCAAAAGCGCCGCGGCACAGACCACAGUCCAGCCAAAUGCUGCCCCCAGCCCUUCUGGAUGUGUUCAGCCGCCGCUUACCAAUAGCACUUGGAUCCAGCUAGGAAUAGACAACUAUCUUGCUAACUUACCGAAUGGAACCUCUUUGAAUCUUCAGCACUAUGCAGCUUCAGUUGGAGCUCCUGAUUUCAUCUGUGGCAUAGGAGAAAAGUGCCAAGCUGGCCAGCUGUGCAGCCCAGUUCAAGCUCCUGGAUGGGAAGUGCUGGUUGCAGCCCAAGAAUGGAACAACUUUCAGAACAAAUUUUAUGAGGCAGUGGGUACUGCCGUUGAAAUGGUGACAUCCAUCUCAGGAGCACUUGUGGUUGACUUGUACCCUCCUAGCCACACCGGUGGAAUUUGGGAUUUAUUCCAUAGCUUCACUUUAGCUUCCGGAAUUACUGCUGGUGUAGUUGCCCUGCUGGUACUAUUAGUUGGAGGCGAGGCUAUAAUUGCACAACGUCUUGCUUUAUUUACUCUAAGUGCUGUGGCAGUCACUUUUGGUGUUACUGGAACAAUCUCAAUAAAAGAAGCAUUGAAGCAUAGUGGGCCAAAUGCAUUGGAUAAAUUUUCAGUAUACGCCUUUUACCUUUCUGAAUGGCAGAAGCAUGCUCAAAAAAGUAUCUCAAAUUCCACCAGAAGUAUCAUUGCCUCAGGUGUCAGUUCACCUCAGGGUAUCUCAACUGUCUUGAAGAAUGGCACCUUCUUCCGCGAGCGACCAACCUUCAAUGAAGCAGAGCUCAUAUCAAGCCUUAGGAACACUACUACAAUUCGUAUCAUGACAGAUAUUCUUCGAAGCCAAGGUGCAUUUGUGACAAUUGCAAGUGAUAAAUGCACUAGUAAGGGUCCAGGUGGAGCAUGGAAAGGGGACGACAAGUUGUCUUACUGCUCUCCCAAUGGAACAAUGUUCAACAUUAUCCACUCUGGUAAAAAGAAAGUUAAAAACACAUGGUGGAAUGCUGAUCUGAUUGCCAAGAAAUAUGGAAUCUCUGUUCAAUACCUUACCGAACAAUCUUAUUUCUGUCAGUUGAAUCAUGGCAUGGCAAACUUUGAUCCCUACAAAUCUAGUUCAUUUCCCAAAGACUUGUCAGCCGAAUGCAUUUCAAAUCUUCCGGUCUGUGAUUUCAGAAAUCCUGAACUUGUUGAAGCCAAGAAGGAGAAGAAUACUAUGUAUGCUUGUCGUAACGUCGCCAAGCUUCCAAUCUGA